CCUACGGGUCUGCCGAAGCCACUGCACCUGUAACGAGCUGCUUGACAGGUGAAGGUGUGAGGACGAUCUGUACUUGCGUCGAGACAAUGCGUGUCGCAGGUGUGGAGGCCCAUGACUGGUGACCUUUGGGGUUUGCUCGGUGUGCUGUGCGGAAGACGGUGAAACUUCUUUAGUUAGGAGGGUUGCCAUGGUUACGACGCAGAUGUUGACAAGGCGAGAGGACUGGAGACCCAUCAUCCAUCCGCACACCCCGCCCUUAUGGUGAGCUAUGUAACGCACUUUUAAAUCAGAAACCUGGUCAAAGUAGAAAGAUAAUUUAAUAAGUACUUGGAAGAAAAAGAAAAAAAAUGGUUGUGUUUAGAUACAGAAACCAAAAGACUCAUCAAUAUCUUGUGACAGAUGAAGGUGUCAAUAUCCGCCUCUCUUUCUCCCUCCGCGACUCAGACAAAUACAGAUCCAGAAGCUUUUAUUGAGCGGUGUAAAUUUGAAGACGCUCGAAUCUGUCGGACCUUCCUAAUCUCCUUUGGAAAUAAACGACUCUUUCGAUCAUGUGGAGACGCUGCGAGUCACUUUGAUUUAGCGGCGCUGAAUCCGCUCGCUCCUCCGGACAUGAAUCUCUGGAAUGUUUGCGACGGCGGCGCUCAUUGAUCCGAUUUAGUGGUGGAUGGAGAUUUGCUUUGGCGAGGACGUAAACAUGCUGUUGAAGCUGCUCUGACCGGGCUGUGCUGCUCUGGCUCCCGAGGGAGCCGCACUUCAACGCUCCUCUGCAGCGGCACUUGAGCGCGAUCGAUGGCAGAGUCUGGCAGCUUCUCCAGGUGAUUUAGGAAAACAUGAUGAAGAUCUUACAAACGGAGCACACUGCAUUAUGGGAACCUUUUACCAUUAUCAAUCGAGGCUAGUAUUGUUAUUAUUGUAGGCUUUUUAUUGUGAAUAAAGUAAACUGUAAUUGUUUCAUAUCAAGUUUUGAAUAUCACCUUCACCUUCUUCUGCCACUUAUCCGGGGUCGGGUCGCGGAGGCAGCAUUCGGAGCAGGGAAGCCCAAACUUCCCAGUCCACACAAACCUCCUCCAGCUCUUCCCGGGGGAUCCCGAGGCAUUCCCAGGCCAGACCGGAGACAUCAUCUCUCCAGUGAGUCCUGGGUCUUCCCCGGGGUCUCCUCCCUGUAGGACAUGCCCGGAACACCUCCCCAGGGAGGCGUCCAGGGGGCAUCCGGAUCAGAUGCCCGAGCCACCUCAGCUGGUUCCUCUGGAUAUGGAGGAGCAGCGGCUCCACCCCGAGCUCCUCCCGGAUGACCAAACUCCUCACCCUAUCUCUAAGGGUGCGCCCAGCCACCCUGCGGAGGAAACUCAUCUCAGCCGCUUGGAUCCGCCAUCUCCGUGGAGUUUUGAAGAUUAAACUACUAUAUUAGUGUUGCACUUUUUAAGCCGCCAAACCGAAGCUGGCUCUCUGGCCACAUCAAGCCGACGCAAACAUGUGAAGUCUCAUCUGAUAGCGAGUCGCCGCGACGUGGCGCUGAUGACGUCCGCGGGUUCUGCUUGAUCGUGACCCGGGUCGCUGCAGCUAAUGGCUUCUUCAGAUCUCAGACAUGAAGAGCACAAGCCUCCAUAUUAAAAUGGACAUAUUGUUGAUGGAGCCAAGGACACGUGGACAAGGUGGAUGAAGAGAUCAGUGAGAACAACAGCGGGAUCCAUUCCAUUGACUUCACUGACCGGGCUGACAGGCCCUUGAAGCUCUCCAGUGCAGAAUGGCUGCAUUUGUUGUCAUGACAACAAGAAAACGACAAACAAAAAAUUCUGCUGAAGAGGCGCGACGGGGCGUUGUAACAUGUGAGAGGGCAAAGGUCAUCUGCCUGAGUCCGCUGCCUCAGAUGUGGAAGUGGGACAAUACUGCCACCCUGUGGACAAAAGGCCCCGCUGCAUCUGCAACUGGACUUAACCACGCACCGAAUUUUAAGCUCGAAGUGUCGCAGAGGAAGUCGUUGUCUCUCCCGCUGAAGGAACCGGAAGUGGCGCUCUGACGCUGUCGACGAUGGACCGCUCGCCGGACGAUCGGUCCAGUCCGGGUGAUGAAGCGGGCUCGGUGGAGGUGGACAGCGGGCUGCUGCUUCUGGGCGCCGGGGUCACGACCCUCACACACCCGCUCAUCUACGUCAAACUGCUCAUACAGCUGGGACAUGAGCCUCUAUCACCGACCAUGGGGACGACUCUGUUCGGGAGGAGAGUUUUGUACCUGCCUGGCUUCUUCUCCUACGCUCGGUACAUCGUGAAGGUGGAUGGAAAGAUCGGACUCUUCCGUGGCCUCUCCACCCGAAUCAUGUCCAGCACCGUCUCCACCGUCAUCAGGUGCAGAGUCAAACAGGCUCAGCUGUCGUCCAAGGAUGGCAGCGCUGACGCUUCUCUUCGCAAGGUUGUGAAGGAGACCUCUCAGGAGAUGAUGGUCCAGUGUGUGUCCAGAGUUCUGGCGCAUCCUUUUCACGUCAUGUCUGUGCGCUGCAUGGCCCAGUUUGUUGGCAGAGAGGUCAAGUACAGUGGGAUCCUCAGGUGCGUCUCCAAGAUCUUCCAGGAAGAAGGAAUCUUUGGCUUCUACGUCGGCGUGGUCCCGCACAUGCUGGGAGAGGUGCUCUUCCUGUGGUGCUGCAACCUUCUGGCUCACUUCAUCAACACGUACGCCGUGGACGACAGCUUCAGCCAGGCCUCUGCCAUCAGGGGCUACUCCCGGUUUGUGAUGGGGAUCGCGGUCAGUGUUCUCACGUAUCCCUUCAUGCUGGUGGCAGACAUCAUGGCCGUCAACAACUGUGGCCUCGUGGCAGGUCUUCCUCCUCACUCACCCAUCUUCAGGUCCUGGCUGCACUGUUGGAAGCACCUGAGUCAGCAGGGGCUUCUCUUCAGAGGGUCAAGCUUCUUCUCCCGGCGGGUGCCCACCUCCUGCUCAGCGUCCUGUGACGACUGACGUGUAUACAGAACUGUGAAGAAACCCUCCGGACCUCGGGGAGCCACAGAACCGUGCCAAGACGUCCCUCCUGGUGGGCAGCCAUGUUUCCUGUUCCCACUCCUGAGAUUUCCUGCACAAACCCAGGACUUGUACAGAGAGCUAUGAUCAAGAAAACAGGCAAAAGGUGGUGGCUGACCUGACUGUGAAGGUGAACGGUUCAUAAAUAAGUUAUUUGUGUGGUUGCAGCCGCUCAAAAGGUCAUGACCUUGCCCCCUUUUGGAAGUUCUUCUUGUCCGUCUCAUGUUAACGUCUGCUCAACAAGCAGGUUUGGUGUGCAUGUGCCAGUUUAGGAUUAUGAAUAAAUAUCAGUGUCAAAUGUU